UCCAGUAAAAGGUUAAACCUUGCUCUGGAAGAAAAUGAUUCAUCAGUCCCCAAGGGAUUGGAUUUAUCAACAUUUUUUUGGAAUAAAUCGAAGUAUAAAUGGGCUAAAAAUGGUUGAUUUGUUGGAGCUGGGGCGGAGAGGGAAGAGAUCACUGGAUGGGAAUAUUUCCUAUAGAAAAGCUGGUCUUCUAGUAUUUAUUCUUUUAGUAUUUUUCUACUAUAUUGGGUCUGGGUCUAUACGAUGGUUCCUGGGACGGAAGGGGCCUCCAGUUCUCCAACCCCUCCCCUCCUGCCUCGCCUCAAAGCUCCUAAGGUACCAGGACAUCCUGGACAGCUACAACGGGCACAGGAGCGGGGAGGACUUCAUUUCGUUUGUUGGAAACGGAAACAUUGGGCUGAGUGUUAACGCAGCGAGUGAAAUAUAUAUAAAAUCUAAACGAACUCUUUCCCUGGCUGUUAACUUUAAACCUCUUGUAAGCGUGUAUCUGGAGGGAGGAGGAGAACAGGAAUCUGUUCAGGUACAAUUACAUCCAGAACUAGACCUGGUGUUUAGAACUAUCCCCGGAGUUCUGGUUCAGGAGCUGAAGAUCCACAACCCUGGAGAAUAUCCUGCUCAGCUAUCAGUAGAGAAACUGGGAAUAUCACAGUGGGACGGAGCUACUUCACAAACUAAGGUUAUCGAGCACGGUGAAGGCGGGCAGAAGUAUAGUCUUGUUACUGGAGAAGUAACAUCUGAGUCUAGAAGGAUGAUGGUUAGUGUUGUAUCUAAGCGUUUAGAUUCAAGUAUUGAGAUUGCUCCAAGGAUGACUACCAGUCUCAGAAUACUCACAGGAGUUGCGUACAGGGAGGUGAACUCUCAUGAGAGUCUACGCAAGGAGAUGGAGAAGGAAGCGGUGGAGGGGGUUAAGUCAGCGUUAGCAAUGACCUGGCAGUCCCUUAUAGAUGCUCACACAGAGGCUUGGAGAAAGCUGUGGACGACAGGGUUCGGUAUCUCCUGGUCGUAUGCAGAGGGUGCAGUGAACGGGAACCGGGUGAACGCGACCAUUUACUACGUCCUCUCCCACUCUCCCUCCUUGCUCCUACACAACACACCACAGUACAAGAUGACGGAGCUGCAGGGCUACCUGAGCUAUGCUGAAGGUUGUUACUCCGGAGUAAGAACUCUUGAAGCUCCAAACCUGUGGACUUCUCUUGCAACUCUGAAAGAGGCAGUAACAGUUGUCUCUUACUGGCUUCUUACCCUGGAGAAAAACGGCUGCCAUUAUCUUCUCAAAGCUGGAGCAGACGGAGUAGUUCAGGCAAUGGUUUUAUCCCUUCCUGGAUUAAAGUUUAGUAAUCAGCAUCUAGAGCUUGAUGUUCAUCCAAGAGAACUCCACAGGGAUAUUAUGUUGCGGCGGGUGAACUACGGAAAUGAGACUCAUAUUAACAUCAGUAUCAACGUCAUGGACGACAACAGAGCAGCUCUCUUCGUUAGUAUGGAUAAAAAGAACAGGGAUUAUUAUGGUUGUGAUGCGGGUUGUCUGGAUCCUCCUGUACAACUUGGUCUAGUUCCUGUUCAGUUUCCGGUCAAACUAACCGAUCCUGUCACUGCAAUCCUUUAUAUUACAGCUGAUCAAGAGCAUAUGAUGGACCUGAAGCAUACGAUCCACGUAAAGGAGGUCGUAGAGGCUCCAGCACACCAACCUCAUGUCCUCGAACUGCACAGAUCUGGAAACAAGCUUGGAGGUUUACCUGUAAUAUUCUGGAUAUCCAUCGCCUCGCUUAUCAUAGUGUUCCACCUAUUCCUGUUCAAGCUGAUUUACAACGAGUACUGUGCAGGACAGGAGAAACAGAGGAUCAGGAAGCAUUCGGACUAUAACUAGGCGAUAUCACCGAAUAGAGCUAGAGGUCUCUUCCUGAGCGAUCAUCUACAUCUUAUAGUGAUAGACUGUUAUUUGGCGAUCAUCUACAGUAUUCAUACUGUUACUUGGCGAUCAUUUACAGUUAUAGAGUGCUACUUGGUUACAGUAUUCGAACUAAAGCCAUGUACAUUAUCAGUCAUUCAGACUUUAAGAAUUCUUCCUGAUGUUGCAUUAUUCGAUCCAAAAAAAAAACAUCAAUAAUAUUCAUCAUAUUUAUAUAUUUCAUCCGGACAAUUGAUCACUUCCCGGAUUCCCAUCUGCAAAAUAGAAUGAUCAAAUGUCUAUGCACUGUACUAAACUAGAAUUAAUGUUAGUCCUUAUUAUUUUAACUUGAUCGUAUAUGCAAACUCUUUUCUUUAAAAUCUAAAAAAUUUUCGUAUUUGUAGUUUUGAUAUAUGUACAAUGAUUGAUUGAUUAGUUAAUAAUGAAUCGUGUUAAUACCGAGGUACUGUGUGCCUCCAACUAAUCUGUGAUCCCCACGUAUUUAAGCAAAUAUUUUGUUUCAGA